AUGCCAAGGAGUACAAACAUCGUGCUAAUAGAAGGGAAAGCGCUCAUUCAGAGUAUUUGGUGGAGCGGGAUCAACUGGGACGACGUCAUCCUGGAAAAGGACGAGGUGGCGUGGAAACGCUACAUGGAGAACCUUCGCAUGCUGCAAGGCCUCCGAAUAGCAAGGUGCUUCUCGUGCUGCAACACUGAGGGGGAGCUGCACACGUUCACCGACGCCAGCGAGAGGGCCUACGCGUGUGCAGCCUACUGGCGUCAGAAGACAGACGACAGCACCUACCACGUCACGCUUCUAGCAGGGAAAGCCAGGGUGACCCCACUGAGACCAGUCUCUAUCCCAAGGCUCGAGCUGCAAGCUGCGCUGCUGGGGACAAGGAUGGCGCAGGCGAUAGCGGACGAAUUGGACAUCGCAGUCGGUGUAAGGACGUACUGGACUGACUCCAGUACAGUCCUGACAUGGAUAAAGACCGACCCACGCACGUUCAAACCUUUCGUCGCGCACCGACUCGCCGAGAUAGAAGAGUCAACGAAGCCCCAAGAAUGGCGAUGGGUGCCUGGCUCGCAGAACCCAGCAGACGACGCAACUAGAGAGGCGCCGGCGGAUUUCGACCACACGCAUCGGUGGUUUAAUGGACCCGAGUUCCUGACGUGGGAUGAAUCGCGCUGGCCCAAGCCGCGAACCUUCAAGCAAGAACCGUCUGGAGAAGAGAAAGAGGCCUUCCUGGUCGCCACGGCGAGGACCGCUGACGCUCGACCCACGCCCGAUCCGCACAGAUUCUCGAGCUGGGUCAAGUUAUUGAGAGCAACAGCCAGGGUCCUCCAAUUUAUCGAGCUGUGUCGACCCCGGAAGGAGAGCGCCUGCGUGUCCAGACAAUUGGAGCAGCAAGAUCCCACGUGGAGGACGACGCGAGCGAAGCAGCCCCGAUCAACAUGGAAGAUAAGGACUCCAGAAGCACCUACAGAAGCGUGGCUGCCGCUUGAUCCGCCCCACUUGAAGAAGGCGGAGAAGAUCCUACUGAGAAGCAGCCAAGGAGAGAGCUUCGGUGAAAAAGAUCCCGAACGUCACCCCAAGUUGCGACGGCUCGACGUCGUGAUGGAAGAUGGCCUGUUGCGCCUGCACGGACGUAUCGACGCAGCGCAAUACAUAGAUGCAGACCGCAAGCGACCGAUCAUGCUGGACGGGAAGCACGUGAUAGCGAGAUUAUUGAUCAAACACUAUCACGAGGCGUUCCAGCACGGUAACCACGCAACGGUGAUGAACGAGGUGCGGCAGCGCUACUGGAUCCUAGGUCUAAGAUCGAUCAUUCGAGCGACGGCCGUCCGAUGCCAGUGGUGCAAGGUCUAUCGGAGUACACCACGACUACCGCCCACCGGAGACCUGCCGAUAGAGCGGCUACGACAUGGAGAGCCGCCGUUCACCUGUGCUGCCGUCGAUUACUUCGGGCCGAUGACGGUGACUGUAGGACGACGUCACGAGAAGAGGUGGGGCGUGCUGUUCACAUGCCUCACCACGAGAGCAGUUCACAUGGAGCUAGCAGCGUCACUGACGGCAGACUCAAUGCUGUUAGCGCUGCGCAGGAUGGCCGCCCGGCGAGGAACGCCCAAAGUCAUUUACAGCGACAAUGGGACUAACUUCGUCGGCGCCAACAAGGAGCUCAAGCAGGCAAUCGAGAAUGCAAGGGAAGCAGACGUCGUGUCACGGGCCGCUCAGAUGAACAUAAAAUGGAAGUUCAUCCCGCCAGGAGCGCCGAACAUGGGAGGCGCGUGGGAACGUUUGGUGCGGUCCGUGAAGACCGCGCUGGCGGUCACAGUGAAGGAAAGACACCCGAGGGAAGAAGUUCUGCACACUCUUCUGUUGGAGGCGGAGCACGUCGUCAACUCGAGACCGCUCGUCGCUAGGGAAGAGAGUUGGGAGUCAGAAGCACUCACGCCGAACCACUUUCUCAUAGGGAGGUCCUGCGGAGCUCAGAGCAUCGGCGACUACAGAGACGAAGACCUGACCGGCAAAAGGACAUGGAGAGUGGCGCAGCGUAUGGCGGACCACUUCUGGAGUAGGUGGGUCAAGGAAUACCUGCCUACGCUGCUGCCCAGGAAGAUCGACGGGAGAGCAGCUGGCGAGGACUUGCAGCGUGGGGAUACCGUCCUCAUAGUGGACUCCACGCUGCCACGCAACACAUGGCCGCGCGGAGAAGUUGUUCACACCUACCCAGGCCCCGACAACCGUGUACGAACUGUCGACGUCAGAACGAGCGGCGGUCUGCUUAAGAGACCUGCCUCCAAGAUGAUCCUGCUGGUGCCUGCAACGAGCGACGAGCCCACGCCCAUAGAGUCGCCACGACAAGGAGUCGGUGCUACGCACGAGGGGGAGGAUUAUCGCGCUGUCCUUGCUGAUUUUUAUCCAGCUUUUAGUUCUGGUCGCAAAAGUGUAAAUAGCACCGAAUAA